UAAUUACGAGUACUACUCGAGCCCAGUGAACCAGUCAGUCAGUACUCUGUAGCAGCUUUGGUCUACCUAGGAUUAUUACUAGGAAACACAGGUAUUCUGUUCCAAAAAAAACACACACACUCGUGUUGGGCUAUAAAUACUCGUGCACAACGCAUGCCUUCUGCGACAGAAAAGAGCUGGACGUGGUCACGUAGAGUGCACCACUGAUUAUUCUACGAGCGACUCUUGAGUGGUUGGCAAUGAGCAAGCGGCAGUUUGGAGAGAUGGACGGCGGCAUCGACACGGCCCGCGUCCUCAUGCUCCUCUCCCGGCGGCGGCGGCAGCACGGCGACGUCGGGCACGCGCGCGCGGCCCGCGUGUUCGAGUGCAGGACGUGCGGGAGGCGGUUCCCGACGUUCCAGGCGCUGGGCGGCCACCGCGCCAGCCACAAGCGCCCGCGCCACGGCGCCGAGCGCGCGCCGCGGCCAGCAGGCGACGACGACGUCGGCGCCGGCGCCGGCGCCGCGCUCCGCCUCGUCGGCGCGGCGUCGUCGUUGUCGACGGACGAGGCGCGCGCGGGAGGCGGCGGCCGCAGGACGAGGGGCGCCGGCGCCGCGCACGGGUGCCCCGUCUGCGGGCUGGAGUUCGCCGUCGGGCAGGCGCUCGGCGGGCACAUGCGGCGGCACCGCGCCGCCGCCGGCGACGUCGCGGCGCCGCGUGUGAAGACCGACGACGUUGUCGUUGGAGACGAGUGCACCGGCGGGAUUUGCUUGGACCUGAACCUGACGCCGUCGGAGAACUGCGACAAGUGCCGGCACGCCCAGCUCGGCGUCGCCGUGAACUCUGUGCAAAGAACGAUACUACUGGACCGUCCCCUUUGAGCUGACCCAUUAUUGUACUGAUUUCUAUACGUUUUCGUUGUAUUUAUCUAGCCUUUAUAUGUUUUGUUGCACGCUAUAGAAUCAUAUAAAGAUUUUUCUAUAUAUUUUUUGAACCUUUCAAUCUUAAAAUUUUACAAAUAGACUAUCCCGAAACUUAUUUCUAAAGCUGAACCAAGAGUUUAAAUUUGAAGUUUUGAGGUGGUUUACUUUUAAAAUUAAAAAGGUUCAAAAGAUAUAUAAUAAACCUCUAUAAGUUACUGAAGAAGAGGAGCCAAAAUGCAGGAACAGCAUCACUCUAUUCCAUGCAUCCAUUGAUUAACUGAAAACCCAAUAGCAAUACAGCAUGGACUACGUUACACACUGUAGCUUGCAGUUCAACGGAUUGAAAUCCAGCGUACAGUAGUAGCCCCCCAGGCAAUUGCAACAGCUACGUCAAAAGCAUGAGUAGUUGCUUCAAAGAAUGGAAGCAAAGAUAGGUACAACCAGAUCCGUAUCAUAGUGUGUCUUCUUGACAUUCUUCCUAUAACAGCAAGACAGGGAA